UGCGGAAACUAACCUGCGUGGCGACGCAGCGAUCUUCCUAUCCCUUCGAGGAGAUCGCGUCGACUAAUGUCGGUGACGAAAAAUGCAAAAGACACGAAUUUAUUGUCUUUUCACAUGUCAACCAGAGAUACAACCUGUUCAGAUAUCGAACGGUGAAUUAUUUUAACCAGAUUCUUACGUGAUUCUGUAACAUAUUUCAUGUUCCGUCGUCGUCGUUUUCGAACUCUCAAGAGGAGAAAGUUUUCUUUCUGUGCAGUCGGACUUGUGAACGUCCAUAGUGCGCGUUAUUAUAUUCGGAUUUGACGUAGGCAUUUUUGUUAAUUGAAUUACCGUACGCGACAAUGUAACAUCGUGAACAAAACAGGGCGUGGUUCGACACGUUCGCAAAUAAAAGUCGGUACUUUAGCCAUUGAGAGCGGUGUGUCGAGUGACAGUAAAGAGUACAAAGAAUUAACGAGUAUAUAGAGCGGUGUGUGGAAGAGGGCUACGGGCUGGCCCGAAGAAAGUCACCGUAAAGGAAUUUCUGAACUCGCGAGAUAAGGGAUUUAUGAGUCAGCCAUUCGGUUCCGACACGGUCGCCCCACGGAAACAUAUUUCACGAAUCGCGGAGGCUCGAAAUCAUUUUUCGACUUUCGACACUGCAAGAACGUUCCACGGAACAUUUCUUUCAAGGACGAUACGUUUGGUCGACUUACCAGAAAAAUGUCGAAUGUUAACAGUUUAGAGCAACAGAUUGCAAACUUGCAAAUUAAUCAUGGGGACAGCAUUAAAACUGUUAAGCCUGGCAAGAAAGUCGGGCCAGCCGUGCCACCAAAACCAAAAAAAUCACAACCCCAGGUACCGCAAAGUUACACUGUAAAGGCAGCAUCUGCUCCAUCGUACAGUACAGUACUUAAUAAUUCUGGAACAAACGAGAAACCAUCGAAUUUAUAUGCAAAUUCUCCUUCGCCUUAUAUGCCAUUGAACAUAGAGAAGAAUGAUUUCUCGCUGUCGGCUUGUACGAACGGAAAGGACACGUCUAAAGUUUACGGUAACACCGAUAACUUUUACGUGCAUCGAACCGAUGAAAAGUUUCAGCCGAAGUACGACUACGACGAGAAAAAUUAUUAUUCAAAUAUUGGAAAUAUGCCAGCUCCUCAAGUCCCUGUCGAGGAUCAUUCGAGAUCGGUAAGAAAUGUUGUGUACAGCAACAUCGAUCCUCCAGGGACUGUGCCGGUUAAAACAGCAAGCAAAACUGAGAAAGAUAUAAUCUAUAGCAAUAUUCAAUGGAAUUCGAAACCAGAGAAUACAUACUCCAAUAUACCUGCUGCUCAUGAUGACUUACCACCGCCCCCAGAACCAUCGGAGUACGUCCCUUGCGUUCCAAGUAGUUCGUUUCCUCCGCCACCGGAAGAACUGCCACCGCCACCGAGUCCUGUGUCGUCCAGCUAUAGCGAAUUAAGACGCGCCACUUAUCAAACUGAUUUCCCAUCGGACAAUUACCCGAAUGACAUUUACGGUCCAAGCUCGCAGUCCAGUUCGACAUACGAAUCUAUAUACGAACCGAUUAAUCCUCGACCGCCGUCUCAGUUGUCUUGCAAUUAUUCUAUGUACUCCGGCUAUGGAUCCGCCACGUCCACUCAGCCCCAGGGAAAAGUGUCUCCGGUCAAGGAGGUGGACGUCCUCACUGAUCUGUUGGUUCAAGGAAUGGAGGACAACGCCGAGGACGGCGACAUAUAUGGAAUUUGCGCGCAAUGCGGUCGUAAAGUCGAGGGCGAGGGCAACGGUUGCUCCGCAAUGGAUAAGGUCUUCCACAUCGAUUGUUUCUGCUGUUACGUUUGCAAAGUGAAUCUCCAGGGCAAACCGUUCUACUCGUUGGAAAGCAAACCAUACUGCGAGGAAGAUUACUUGAACACUUUGGAGAAAUGCUGCGUAUGCACUAGGCCGAUACUCGAUCGAAUAUUGCGAGCCACAGGAAAACCUUAUCAUCCGUCCUGCUUCACGUGUGUAGUUUGCGGUCAGAGUUUGGACGGUAUACCGUUUACAGUGGACGCUACAAAUCAGAUUCACUGUAUACAAUGUUUUCACAAAAAGUUCGCGCCACGUUGUUGCGUAUGCAAGCUACCAAUCAUGCCAGAACCAGGACAAGAUGAAACUGUACGGGUAGUGGCUCUCGACCGUAGCUUUCAUAUACAGUGUUACAAAUGCGAGGAUUGCGGUUUGGUACUCUCCUCGGACUCAGAGGGUCGCGGUUGCUAUCCUUUAGAUGACCACGUGUUGUGCAAAAGUUGCAACGCUACUCGCGUUCAAACGCUAACGUCGCACAUGACGACGGAAUUGUGAAGCGUGUAAAACACGCGUGAUAACUAUCGAGGACUCUACUGCUCGAGCCAUAUACACAUACAUCUGCGAAGUUCCUUAUCCCUCGUUGAUAGGGAAACAUUGCCAAUUUGCGCGUUGACUUUUUAUACGUUUUUUGUUUUUCAAGAAUUUUCUAAUCGAAGCCAUUUUGUAUUCCCCAUACUUUUUGCACCGAACGCGUACACAAAAAUUUUCGUAGGCUAUUCGUAUUUGUUGGAAAUGUACCCUCGCGAGCAAACUCUGCUUUUAGUAGGGGAAAAAGUAACGUAACGUA